AUGAACUCUGGCUCCUCCUGCUGUGGUGCCGAUCCCAACAGGAACUGGGAUGCUGGUUUUGGUGGUCCCGGAGCCAGCAAGGACCCCUGUUGCAACUCCUACCACGGGCCCUAUGCCAACUCUGAGGUCAAAGUGAAAAACGUUGUUGACCUCAUCAUGGGCCACGGCAAUUUCAAAUCCUCCAUCUCCAUGCACUCUUAUGCAUGCAUUAUGGUUACACAUGCACAGACGUUCCUGACAAGUCUGAGCUUCAUACUGUUGGCACAGCUGCAAUCGAAGAACUCACCUCCCUCUAUGACCAGAUACCAAGUUGGAAGCAUCUGCAAACUUAUCUACCAAGCAAGUGGUGGAAGCAUCUAUUGGACCUGCAAUACUGGCAUCAAAUAUUCCUUUGCCUUUGAGUUGCGUGAUACAGGCUUCUACGGUUUCCUGCUGCCUGCCAACCAGAUCGUCCCCACUGCAGAGUAGUGAUCAUGCGAGUUCAUAGAGAUCAUUGA